AUGUCAUCCAACCACGGUGCGCCCGCGGAUAACAUGGUCAUUAAGAAGCCGCUCAUCCCAAAAGGACCUCCCGUCUAUUACUAUAUCAUGAUGACAUUGGCGUGGAUUGUCUUCGUCUGUACACUGCCAUUCUCUCUGUUUGCCUGUAUAAAGAUUGUGCACGAGUACAAACGAAUGGUAGUGUUUCGGUUGGGGAGGAUAAAAGGAAACGGUACCAUGGGGCCCGGAGUGGUUAUGAUACUACCAUGUGUUGAUGAACACCACAUGAUUGAUCUACGUACUAUGUCAUACGACGUGCCAUCGCAAGAAAUGCUUACAAAAGACUCGGUGACAGUUUCUGUUGAUGCUGCGGUGUAUUAUAGGACAAGGUAAGGCUAUUUGUAAUAUCUACUGUAAUAUAAAAGCCAAGUUUAUACAUUAAGAUAUCUAGAAUUGUACUUUACAACAAAGUAUUCAAAUGCAAAGCAAAAUUUUGAUUUCAGUGACCCAGUAGCAACGAUAAACUGUAUUGCCGAUGCUCACUUAAGUACGAAAAUGUUGGCUCAAACAGCUCUGAGGAACGUGCUGGGGACAAGAACGUUGAGUGAAAUCAUGUGUGAAAGGGAGAGUAUUGCUCAACAGGCACAAGUAGUGUUGGAUGAAGGUAUGAAUGUCUUGAUAACUCUGAUUUCAAUGUUUAUUUUUAGGAACCGACCCAUGGGGUAUCAAAGUAGAACGAGUAGAGGUAAAGGACAUCAGACUGCCCAGAGAACUUUGUCGGGUACUGGCUGCAGAAGCCGAAGCAUCUCGAGAAGCCGAUGCCAAGAUCGUGUCAGCUGCAGGGGAACUUAAUGCAAGUUUAUUUUACUAUUACCGUCAAAAUUUAAACUACUUAAAAGACAAUCGACUUGAAAAGAAACAGCUCUUUUUGAUGUCCUAGAUUACCAUUGAAAGCAAGUCUUAGAAAUUACGAACUUUUCUAAAAAAAUGUUGUUUAGGCUUCUGUUGCCCUAAAAUGCGCGGCCGAUAGGUUUAAAAACUCGCCAGCAGCCAUACAAUUGAGAUAUCUGCAAACUCUGAACCGUAUAUCCACCUCGCAGAACCACACCAUCAUUCUGCCCGUGCCGAUGGAGAUCAUCAAGCGCUACAUGAAGCGCGUCAAGCAGGCGUAG